CCCGAAUGCAGCGCGGCCUCUUGUUGUGGAGAGGACGCCCGACACAUUACUUAUUCAUCAGCCUCGUCUGCCUGCCUGCCACACACACACACACCACACACACACACACACACACACACACACACACACACACACACACACACACACACUGCAUCGUUAAGCCGGAUGCAUUAUUUACCACAAACACACACAUGUGGAUGCAGGUACACACACACAGACAGAAUACACACACACGUUACACUGUUCUGGUAAGUGUGUAGAUGGCUCCCACAUGCCAGCAGACGGAGAACACAAACCCCAGUGAAGGAGAGGAAAGUUCACAAACAGACCUCACUGUCGCUCUAGACUUCCUCCAUAAUAAUGUCAUGGAAUUUGGAAGGGCGCUGGCUCAUGAAUGCGCCUAAUCAUCUCCAUACCUUCCAUGUCUAGGGAAAUUGACACUAUUUCCGUCUCGCCGAGGUGGCUUAUACUCCAGAGGGGGAAAUAAAAACAUAUGAGUUUGUGUGAGCACACGUGGGGGUGGUGUGUGCGUGUGUGUGUUUUGGGGCGGUUGUUCAUCCUGACAUGUCUCGUUAUGGGAUGAUGUGGAAUUCCUCAUUUGCAUACAAGCUGGGGCGGAGCUGAAUUUGGUGGAAGUAAGGUAGAAACACAGGUGUGUGUGUGAGGAGGGUUUUCCCCCUGUGUUUUGGUCCAGUGUCAGUGGGAGCCAUUAGGUAUUAUCAGUGGCAUGGCUGUGAAGCUGUGGUAAGAGUUUGACGUCAGGGACGCUAGAGGUCAGAGAUAAGGUGGCCUAAUCACAGCCGUGUGUGUGUGUGUGUGUGUGUGUGUGUGUGUGUGUGUGUGUGUAGAGGUAGGGAAGAACAGGGCAUCAGGACGGGGAUGGUGGGUGGUCAGAGUAUUCAGCUAACUAGAAUGUUGCAGAAAGCAAUUUAAGGAAUAGAGCUGACAUGAUUCCCUAUUCUACAUGACAGACACUCAUGUCGGUUCUACACAGCACUCUUUUCUAAGACCUCGGAACUUCUACGCAGUUAGACAGAGGAAGAAUGUUGUCCAACUAUAGGUUUGUGUUUCCUGGGCCCGUGUUCAUAAAGCCUCUCAGAGUAGGAGUGCUGAUCCAGGAUCAGUUUUGCCUUUUAAAUCAUAACAAAAAAAAUUACAUGGACAUGGACGACUGAGUAGAGGAGACCGGUAGGCAUAGCAACAUCCAACCAGAGGUGUCAAUGGCAUUAGCAACAACUGGCUUUUGACUGUGAAGAGACAUGGAUGAACGGAAAACCCAACCAGAUGCUGCCCAGAGAAGGGUUUGGAAAAUGUUUCUCUUCUCUCCGAUCCCUCCAUCAGCUAGUCCAGCAAAAUAACUCAUGACUGCUAUAGAGGGAUGGAGAGAGUUGCAGAGGAAGGAAGGGAGGGAAAGGGAGAAAGCGAGAGGGGGUGAUGGUACAGUUAUGGGGCUGGAUGAAGAAGUAGAGAGAGAAAGUGAGAACUUGCGAUAGACAGGGAGUAACAAAGAUGUAGGGUGACAAAAAGGAUAGAUAGAGAGGGGAUUGACAGAUAGAGAGCGGUAGAAAGAAAUGAGGCUAUCUAAUUGCGGUGUCUCACAGAGCCACUCGCCAAAGUGACUUGCUAAUCUGUAAAUCUUCUCUGGAGCACUUUCCCUGUAGACCAGAGUCUGCUGCAGACUGUCUGGACAGUGGCCACAUAGCAGUCUGGAAUCACACCCAACCCAUGUGGACUUAAUAAGAUAGGGAAAGAGGGAGGGACGGACGGAGAGAGAGAAGAGGAUAGAGAGAUGGAUGGCUAGGAGAGUGAUGAUGGCGAAAUAGGCAACAGAUGACAAGUAAAGGGAAGAGGAGAGCAUCGGGAUGGAGGGAUCUGAGGAGAGCGAGAGACAGGAAUGAGGGAGAACAAGAACACUGACUAAUGAGGUAGGAAAAGAGAGGGCAGGCAGCUGAGGUAGGAAUGACAGGGCAGGGCGUGAGGGAUGAAAAGAGGGUGAAAGAGAAAGAUUUGGGGAGUACGAAAGGAGAAGGUAUGAGGUGAAAAAAAGAGGGCAAAAGGAAGGAAGGAGGGAGGGAGGGAGAUCCCCCCCCCCCACAGUAGGUCCGUCCCUCCUGUGAAAAUCAGCCUAUUCCAGGAAGGAGAGAGGGAGACGAGCGCACAAACACUCAGCAUGUCUGAGACUGCCCUCUGAUGUCACCAGCCCCAAGAGAGAGAGAGAGAGAGGGGAGGGGACACAGCCGGAGAGCAAACUGAGCAGAGUGAGAGAAAACGGAGAGGUGGAGACUGAGAGCACUGUUCCGGUGUCUGCUGUGGACCGAGGCUGUGUUUUACUGCGUGUGUUGUGGAGAGUUGAGCUCCGGUUCAGGGAAGUUGCUCUAGCGAUCGCGUUAGCCACACACCAUCUGGAAGGCACAACUGCACAACUGAUGGUCGAUGUGAGCGUGGCACUGCCCAUGCAGGUGCCCCCGGCUGCCAUUCCCAUGGACCUGCGCCUGGACCAGCCCUUUGGCCUAGCACCGCGACCAGACGACCAGGGCCACCAAGGACAGGUCCCAGGUCAGCGGGAGCAGCAGCUGCAGCAGGAGUUGCUGGCCCUCAAACACAAACAGCAGAUCCAGAGACAGGUGCUCAUCGCUGAGUUCCAGCGGCAACAUGAGCAGCUCUCGCGCCAACACGAGGCCCAACUAGAGGAGCAUGUUAAGCACCAGCAGGACCUCCUGGCCCUGAAGCAUCAGCAGGAGCUGCUGGAGCACCAGAGGAAGAUGGAGAGACACCGCCACGAGCAAGAGAUAGAGAAACAACAGAGGGAGCAGAAACUACUGCUGCUCAAGAACAAGGAGCGUGGCCAGGAGAGUGCGGUGGCCAGCACAGAGGUCAAGAUGAGGCUGCAGGAGUUUGUCCUGAACAAGAAGAAAGCCCUGGCCCAGCGCAGCCUCAACCACUGCAUGUCCACUGACCCACGUUACUGGUACAGGAAGACCCAGCACAGCUCCCUGGACCAGAGCUCCCCUCCCCAGACAGGGAUGUCCACUUACAACCACGCCAUCCUGGGGAUGUACGACCCCAAAGACAACUUCCCUCUCCGCAAGACAGCCUCUGAGCCCAACUUGAAGCUCCGGUCCAGGCUAAAACAGAAGGUAACGGAGCGCAGAAGUAGCCCACUGCUACGCAGGAAGGACGGUCCAAUCACCACUGCCAAGAAGCGCUCUCUGGACAUGGCUGAAUCGGCCUGCAACAGCGCUCCUGGCUCGGGCCCCAGUUCGCCCAACAACAGCUCCAGUAACAUCACCAAUGAGAAUGGCAUCGCUGGCUCCAUGUCCAGUAAUUCAGUAGAGGCCUCCCUGGCCCACAGGCAGGCUGGCCGAGAGGGCCCCUUGAGCCAGCUGUCUCUGUACACAUCGCCCUCGCUGCCUAACAUCACCCUGGGCCUGCCAGCCACCGGCCCAUCCAGCAUGACGUCGGGCCAGCAGGAAGGUGACAGGCUUUCAAUGCACGAUAGGCUGCAGCAGAGCUUCCCCAAAACCACUCCCUUCAUCCCAGGGGCCCACCUGCCCUCCUACCUGACCGACGGGGGCUCAGCACACAACCCCCUCCUCCAGCACAUGGUCCUCAUGGAGCAGUCCCAGAACCCACUAGGUCUGUCCUGCUGCCUGGGCGGGAUGCCCCUGCAGUCGCCCUCCAUCCACAAGCUGCGUGGGCAGCACCGUCCCCUGGGGAGGACCCAGUCGGCCCCUCUGCCCCAGAACGCCCAGGCCUUGCAACAGCUGGUGAUCCAGCAGCAGCACCAGCAGUUCCUGGAGAAACACAAGCAGCAGUUCCAGCAGCAGCAACUGCACAUCAACAAGAUGAUGGCCAAGCCCAGCGAGCCAGGGCCGGGGCCGGGUAGGCAGCACGAGAGCCACCCGGAGGAGACGGAAGAGGAGCUAAGGGAGCACCAAGCCCUAUGUCCCCAGGACGGAGUCCUCAUGUGUGGGAUGACGGUCAAGCAGGAGCCCCCGGACCUCCAGGAAGAGGAGAGGGACCACAGAGAUAGAGUGGUUGACCAGGAGCUGCUCUUCAGACAGCAGGAUGUGUUUUUGGAGCAGCAGAGAAUCCACCAGUUGAGGAACUACCAGGCUUCGAUGGAGGCAGCUGGCCUGUCAAUCACCUUCCCAGUUCACCGCCCCCUCUCCAGGGCCCAAUCAUCUCCUGCCUCGGCCUGCUUUCCCCCCAUCGUGGUGCAGCAGGAACCACCCACCAAGCCUCGCUUCACCACUGGCCUGGUGUAUGACACGUUGAUGCAGAAGCACCAGUGUAUGUGUGGCAACACCAACACACACCCAGAGCACGCUGGACGCAUCCAGAGCAUCUGGUCUCGACUACAGGAGACAGGACUGAGGGGCAAGUGUGAGUGUAUCCGGGGGCGGAAAGCCACACUGGAAGAACUGCAGACGGUUCACUCUGAGGCCCACGUCCGUCUGUAUGGAACCAACCCACUUCGACAGAAACUAGACAGUUCAGUUACUCCCAUGUUUGUGAGGCUGCCUUGUGGAGGGGUGGGGGUGGACAGUGACACCAUUUGGAACGAGGUCCACUCGUCCAGCGCUGCUCGUCUGGCUGUGGGCUCCGUUGUGGAGCUUGUCUUCAAAGUGGCGGCUGCAGAGCUCAAGAAUGGUUUUGCUGUAGUCCGGCCACCUGGACACCACGCAGAGGAGAGCACACCUAUGGGAUUCUGUUACUUCAACUCAGUGGCCAUCGCAGCUAAACUCCUGAAGGAGAGGCUCAGUGUCAGUAAGAUCCUGAUUGUGGAUUGGGAUGUUCACCAUGGCAACGGCACACAACAAGCAUUCUACAGCGACCCCAACGUUCUCUACCUGUCACUCCAUCGCUACGACGAUGGCAACUUCUUCCCUGGCAGUGGAGCGCCUGAUGAGGUGGGCACUGGAGCAGGUAUGGGCUUCAAUGUGAACAUCGCUUUCACCGGGGGACUGGAACCACCCAUGGGAGACGCAGAGUACCUGGCUGCCUUCAGGACUGUGGUGAUGCCCAUCGCCAACGAGUUUGCCCCCGACGUGGUGCUGGUGUCGUCUGGCUUCGAUGCUGUGGAGGGCCACGCGUCACCCCUGGGAGGGUACAGGCUGACGGCCAAAUGUUUUGGAUACCUGACCAGGCAGCUAAUGGGGCUAGCCGGAGGCCGUAUGGUACUGGCCCUGGAGGGGGGCCACGACCUCACUGCUAUCUGUGACGCCUCCGAAGCCUGCGUCUCUGCUCUGCUAGGAAUCGAGUUGGACCCUAUCCCUGAGGAGGUGAUGCAGCAGAGGCCCAACCCCAACGCUGUCCAGUCCAUGGAGAAGGUGCUGGAGGCACACGGUAAAUACUGGCACUCUCUUCAGCGUGGGGCCUCCACGCUGGGCUACUCUCUGAGCGAGGCUUUCCGGUGUGAGACGGAGGAGGCCGAGACCGUCACCGCCAUGGCCUCCCUCUCUGUGGCCAACAAGCAGAGGAAGAGCGAGGAGGAGCCUAUGGAGGGCUGACCAAGCCCCCUUCACCAUUCAGAGACCCUCAAGGUCUCCCAUUUAGUACUCAGCCAACCUCCGUUUCAAUUUGACCCCACCCCUUGGCCCCACCCGCGCCCUGUCUAGGGGGACAGGGGGCAACGUAGAGCGAGGACUGGGUAUGAAACAGAAAUGGAAGAUGUCACUAUCUCACUCGCCCGGAGUGGACGGACUAAAAUGCCCCCGAUGUGUUGUACCGUCUCUAUGUGGGGAGGCAGAACACAAGGAGCCCCGGGUUGCAAGGUCUUGUCAGGUCUUUACUCCAGGACCAGUGGGAUCUAAGGUGACGUUAAACCAUCCCACGCUGGAAACAUUGAAUAUCUGUGCUUUUCUGGAACAGACACACUCUCUAAGUUCGAAGUACCGCUCCAGACACAGAAUUUUUCAUUUAGCCGUCUCCUUUAUUUUUAAUUAUUUUGGUCGUUUCUUCAUUUUUCCUCUUCCUUUCACUGAAAAAUAGCAACAGAGCCCUGUGAUGUAAUUACGACUUUGUUUACGAACAUUUGAUUGUUACCAUUCACGAAAGACUUUGAGAAAGGAGAGACGUCACAGGGUUUGCUGAUAUUUUUGGUGAAUUUUUCGAUUGGCAAAAGCAGGCAGUUUUUGCAGAAGAGGAAAGGUAUAAAACGAGGAAACGAGAGAAGGAGAACACGAUGGACAUGUGACCUGGGGCCUCAUUUUUCAAAGGUGCGUGCGCACAAAAAAUACUCUAAACCUUCCGUGCGCCAGUUUUCCCGCGAAGGUUGAUCAACUGUAUUGCGAGCAAAUAUUUUUAUUUUGGGGGAAAUGUAGGUGUUUGAUGCACGGGAAUUACAAUAAUGGUAGGCUAAUAAAAACGUGAAAACAUAUAGGCCUAAUGAUAAAACAUAUGCAUUUGCCAUUGGUAAGGAGAUCACAUAGCAGCAUCUCGCCUUAUAUCAUUUUACUUUUAUUAUAUAGGCCUAAAUCAUAAUCAUAUUGCAGGACAUGUCUCUCCUUUUCUGACAUGACUGGUUUAUUCCCGCUACACAACAAAUAUUACGCUACAAUUUAUCCAUCGCUCAUUCGAUAUCCAAGCCUGCUCGACAGUAAAUAGACCGGUAGUCUAUGACAGUAGGCUAAAGUAUUCUUGUGCAAUAGGAGCGCAACAUAAUAGCCUAUUUAUUCUCAGAGACUAUGCCAAGGCAGGAGAUCAAACACAAUCAUGUAUGGAUAAACAAAAUAAUGAACAACAAUUCUUAUUUUGCAUAGAAGUCUGGGCUCUAGGCAGCAUUUUCUUUUAAAUUGUUCAAUAGACAAUCAAUCUUGAAGAAUACACAGCCAGUGUUUGGCACUCGCUAUAGUUUUAAAAAGUCACUGCAAAAGAUUAAAACAUUCUGCCCACACAUAUACAGAAAUGUGAUCAUUGUCAUUACACUUUAUUUUAGCGACUAUCAUGAGGGUGUUUUUGUUACCAUAAAAGGUGAAUGGAAGGCGUUUUCCAGGCGGGUUUGUAACGCUCGUUUACGAGCGCACAUAUAUAGUAUGGCUCUGAUUACUCAAUGAAAACAUGUGUAUAUGUUGCGUACAACAGUUAGAUAAAUCCCAAUAAUUUGUUGCGCACACAAAUCCUAGAAUGUCCAUGUAUGGCAGAAUUUUGUAAGAAAUGUACGCAAUGGUUGAUAAAUGAGGCCCUAGGUCUUCUGGUUUGAAAUGACAGACUGUAAAAAGACUGAGUUUGUGCCUUUUUAAUUCCUGCCCGGUGGAUUUCACAAUGAACUCAAGAUGAAGAGCUUUGCCUUAAAUGAGUUUUGGGGGGAGAUAGGUGCCCUCCUCUCGCUCUCACGUCUCAUCCCCUUUUGUUGUAGUGAGACUGGCAAUGCCGACACGAAGGCACAUAGACAGGAGGCCCUUGGCAUGUUUACCCUGACUUCCCUGUAGCCUACUGUCCCACCCUGUUCCCUUUGACCUUGUUAUCAGUGCUUGACUUGGGCAGGAGCUCAGCUGAGUACCGGCACCUCAAAUGUUCUACUGCUUGAGC